AUGUUCUGCAAAGUGCGAAGUGAUGAACUAUACAGAAAUUCUUCCGAUUGCUUAGGAAUCCUUCAGUGCUUCGGAGGAGACGUGUGCGAGUACCCGCCGUGCUCAUCUGGAUUAGUGUUCAGCGAAGCUAAGAGCAAAUGUGACUACGGAGACGCGGUACCGGAAUGUAAAUCAUCAUCCGCUGUAGCAGAUGAGAUGAAAGGCUGUCGAGGAGCAAACCAUGGUGAACUGAUCCCACACGAGAGCAAUUGCCAGUAUUUCUAUCGAUGCUCGAGGAAUCACUUGGAGAAGAUGCACUGCCCCUAAGGAACAGUAUUCAAUCCAGAUUUGUCGGUUUGCGACUACCCGGCCAGUGUGCCGCAUUGUGCGAAACGUAAAUAAGCAUGAAUUAGAUAGCGUAGUUUUUGAUGCUAGAGUCAUGCUAAUCUUUUGCUAAUCAAUGGUUUUUAGACAUUUUUCCAACUCGGUGGGAACUGUGAUACUUUGUGAUUAUUGCCUGUCAUCUGUAAUAAUUUGUUUACUUUUAAUAAUGCUGUUUUACUGUUUUAUGUUCCUUCUUCAAGUAAAUUAAAUAUUAACGAAA